AUGCAAGAUGACACCACGGAAGCACGAGAGCAGAUUGCCACAAUGGACCGAGUUUAUGGGAGUGCAUUGUUGACCAUUGUCGCAGCCCAAGGUAAUAAUGCUAACAGUGGACCCCGAGGAGUCCAGAGAAACGAAUUUUGCACCCAAAACCCAAGUUUGCUACGCGAAAUAAUACAAAAUUCAGCUGAAAUAAAAGAUGGGGCACAUAUCAUCGCACCUUUUGAUUCUACUCAGCAUCUAUCAUGGACAACCUGGAAUUCUCGAGCAUGGACUUUCCAAGAAAAGCUCAUGUCGAAAAGACUUCUCGUAUUCGCUGGCGAUGAGACUGUCUGGUAUUGUCGGAGGAUGACAUGCAGAGAAGAUAUGCGAACCGAAGAUUCUGGAUGCGUCACUGAGCCUCUCGAGUCGCUUUCCCUGAAAUCCCAGUAUUUUGGUAUCGAUAUUGAUAAAAACUGGGUUGACGGAAGUUUGGAAGUGGAUCGACAUGGAAGAACGCGUGUCGUUCGCUCUGGAACAUUUGCCGCGUAUGAAAAAGCCAUUGAAAGCUAUACAUCACGCCAAAGUACAUACAAAUCGGAUGUUAUUAGGGCCCUGCAUGGCCUGCUCCACGUUUUUCAAUUGAGUUUUAAAUCAGAAUUCAUCGCCGGACUGCCAAACUGCAUACUCGAUGUCGCUCUAUUGUGGAGACCAACACAGCGAUUGAAGAGAUGUGAAGGAUUUCCCUCUUGGUCCUGGGCUGGCUGGGAGGGCCAAGUCACGUACAACAAGCCAAUGAAAAUUGAAAGAGACGAUGCAGGUCGGCUCAAAUCCGCCAAGAAAGCAGAAUUUGGUGAAGAAGGUAUCCAGUCAUCACUUCGAUGGCACAUUUACAGCGAGUCUUGCUCCCAGCUACACCGUGUGAAUGGUCAUGGCUGGGGCAUCCCGCUUCUAGGUGAUCUCCCACUGGAAUGGGAGGCAAGUCCCUACUUUGCGAGCCAUCAAAACGGUCACACAAAAUUGAAUCAACCACUUAAUCUCUCUGAUCUGACGUCCUCGCAGCUCCGGUAUUUCUCAAAGAGCGAAGUGCCACACCUGGUAUUUGUUACAAGCUGUGUUGACACAUUUCAACUCGGAGACUCCAUCCGUCAACGUAGUGAUUUGGAGAGACUUAAUUCAAACGUACCAUCAACAUUGACUGGGCACAGAGCACUGCGAUUUUCAAUUACAGAUUCAGAGAUGCAGUGGAUCGGCAGCGUUCUUCUCGACGGCGAGGGACCAGAAUGGAUUUAUAGAGGACAACAUGCAUUUAUUCUCAUUUCGGAGGCUCAGUACUUUGGCCUCGACCAGGAAAAGCUUGAUGUUGGGGAAUUCCCUAAUUAUUCGAUCAUGCUGGUGGAACAUAAUAGUGAAACGGGAGUCUCGACCAGGCUGGGUCUGGGAAGGGUGAAGAAGACAGCUUGGAUGAUGGCCAAUCCAGUACUCAAAACUAUCGUCCUUGGUUGA